AUGAUGUUGAAUAGACAUUCUAGGUCUUCAAGACCUAGGAAAUCAAAACCAAGAAGUUCGGGAAGAAGUAAAACUCUUUCAAAAAAUAAAGUAGUCAUAAGACGUUUACCACCAUUGUUGCCUGAAAAUCAGUUCUUAGAAUCAAUUAAACAAUGGGUAAACGAAAACACAACUGAUCAGCUCAAGUUUUAUCCAGGGCGAGUUAGUAAAAGUAAAAAUAAAGAAUGUAUUUAUUCAAGAGCUUACAUACAUUUCAAAAAUAUUGAACAAGUACUGGAAUUUCAUAGAGUCUAUGAUAAUCAUUUAUUUAGAGAUAAACAAGAUCCCGAUUAUAUUGCAUUUCUUGAGACUAUAAAAGCGGAAGAGGCACAACAAAACGCAUUUAAAGAGCCAAGCGCUACUUUAGAAGGUGGUGCUACUCAAUUAGAAAGAUUGGAAAAUCGUUUAGCUAGUGCUGCAGCUAAUGCAGCAUUGAAUGCGUCUGAAAAGCCAAAAACUACUCCAUUAAUUGAAUAUUUACGUGCUCAAAAAUCUGAAACUGUCAAAGAUAAUAAUAAUUUAGAUCAAAAAAUUGAUAAGAUAGGUGAUGAUGCUACUACUAAAGCUGAAACCAACGAAUCAAAAGAAAAGGAAACCAUAAGAAAUUCAGCUGUAAAAAUAACAAUUCAACAACUUAAGGAAAAUACCAGUGAAACAAAGAAGAAUGAAACGUCUAGCAAGGAAAUAACUUCAACUAAUUCAUCCAUACGAUCAUCCACCACUAGUUAUUCACAAUCAUCAAAUUCUUCAUAUUCACCACAUCGUAGUAGACGUGAUAAAAGAAGGAAUUAUAGCUUUGAUAAUAAACCACACCACGGCCAAAUACAAAUAUUAACCAAACCUCAAUCUCAACAACAAAAGGCUGCUAUAAAUACAUCUAAUGCUACCACUGAUUCUACUAUUGCAUCUUCUUCACCUGCAUCAUCAUCCACAGCGAAAACUUCUGCUACUACUAGUAGUAAAGUAGAGGUUAUUAUAGUAGAAGAGGAAGAUGGUAAAUGGUGCCUAUUCUCCAUUUAG